GGAUGUAAACAAAGAAGCAUGAGUUGAGUUUGCUUCACUGCUGUGUGGACUGAGCUAUAAAACGGCUGUAUUAUAGUAUGAAUGAGAAAUAUCAGAGCGAUAAAGUAACGAUGUGUUCAGUUGAGUAUCUGAGAGAGUUGAUCAGCGACAGACUAGCUGCUGCUGCUGGAGAAAUAUUCUCAGAGUUUGAAAAAACCAUCGUCCAGUACCAGGAGGAGAUCGAUCGUCAGCGCAGACUGCUGGAUGUCAUCUGGAAACCACACAUCCCCUUACAGCCCAUAGAGCUCCCACAGUCUUAUGUCUGUGAGAAUGAGAAGACUGUUGUUGACCAUCAGCCCCAUGACCAGGAGAGAAACUCCAUGGUGGACCAUGAGGACCCAGAGCCUCCACGGAUUACAGAUCAGCAGGAGGAAUUCUGCACCAGUCAGGACCAAUCAAACCCAGAGAUUUCUCAAAUUAAAAUGGAACAGGAAGAAUUGUGCACCAGUCUGGACCAAUCAAACCCAGGGUUACCACAAAUUAAAGUGGAACAGGAUGAACUCUGCUCCAGUCAGGAGGAAGAGUUAAUUGGAUUGAAACAGGAGACUGAUACCUUUGAGGUGACUCCUGCUGAUGAGGAAAGUGACCACAGUGAACCAAAACCAAACAGUGAUCAGCUCCUGUUUCACAUCUCUUGUGUAGCUGAGAGCCCAGAUCAGGAAGGAUGCAAGGAUGUAGACUCAGGAUCAACUAGAUGUAUCGAGCAGAAACCAAGACAUCAGAGUAACAACAGUCACAGUAAUGAUGUAGACAAUGCUCCAACAUCAGCGAGACAGUGUGAUAAUGACAAGGCAACAAAAUCUGCAACUUGCAAAGUCUGUGGAAAAGCUUUUAGUUGUAAAUCAGAUUUAAUCAAACAUCACAAAACCCACACAGGUGAGAAGCCAUAUUCUUGUGAAACCUGUGGAAAAAGCUUCAGUCAACGGGUCCAUUUGACUGUUCACAUGAGAUGUCACACAGGUGAGAAGCCGUAUGUUUGUGGAACCUGUGAAAAAAGCUUUAGUCAACGGACCUCUUUGACUGACCACAUGAGACUUCACACAGGUGAGAAGCCAUAUUCUUGUGGAACCUGUGGAAAAAGCUUCAGUAAACGGGUCCAUUUGACUGUUCACAUGAGAUGUCACACAGGUGAGAAGCCGUAUGUUUGUGGAACCUGUGAAAAAAGCUUUAGUCAACAGACCUCUUUGACUGACCACAUGAGAUGUCACACAGGUGAGAAGCCAUAUUCUUGUGGAACCUGUGAAAAAAGCUUUAGUCAACGGACCUCUUUGACUGACCACAUGAGAUGUCACACAGGUGAGAAGCCAUAUUCUUGUGGAACCUGUGAAAAAAGCUUUAGUCAACGGACCUCUUUGACUGACCACAUGAGAUGUCACACAGGUGAGAAGCCAUAUUCUUGUGGAACCUGUGAAAAAAGCUUUAGUCAACGGACCUCUUUGACUGACCACAUGAGACUUCACACAGGUGAGAAGCCAUAUUCUUGUGGAACCUGUGAAAAAAGCUUUAGUCAACGGACCUCUUUGACUGAACACAUGAGACGUCACACAGGUGAGAAACCAUAUGUUUGUCACAUUUGUGGAAAAAGAUUUUCUGGUUCAUCAGCACAUAAUAGGCACAUGGCAGUUCACAAAAUGGGAAAACCAUAUUCUUGUGGAACCUGUGGUAAAAGCUUUAGUCGACAGGACCAUUUGACUGUCCACUUAAGACGUCACACAGGUGAGAAGCCAUAUUCUUGUGGAACCUGUGGAAAAAGCUUUAAAUAUAGUUAUCAAUUAAAAGCCCACAUGAGAAUCCACACAGCUGAGAAGUCCUGAUCCUGAAACAUCUGUGGAAAACAUAAUGUCAGAACUAAGGUUGAAACAACAUGUAAGAGUUGGUACAGGUUAAAAGUAGAUGUUUUAGAUUUAAAGCAGCUUUAGUCUGUGGUUCAACAACAACUGUGAGGAAGUAUGUAAGCAAUCCUUGAUGAUUAGACCAGAUGGAGUCUGGACUGUGGUGGUGGUGGAGCAGGCAGAAGAACCAAACUGAAUGUCUGGAUGGAUAUGGUAUUGGUACAGACUGCUACAUUUCUGCUAUCAUGACAUCCUUCAUCAGCAGAGCAGUGAUUGGAGAUAAUGUGAAGCUGUUUGGAACAUUUUCACAUCCUGCUGAGAGAACAUGGCUGUUCAGGUGUGAACAUACUGCUGGAAUCCACUCAGCUUGAGCUCUGCUGUCUUUCAAGUAAAAGGAGGCAACGAGAUACAGAGACAUUGUGACAGUAGGACACAACAGAGUGUGUCACUGCAGCAGAGGAGAUCUGGACGUGAAAUAAAGUUGUAAUAAAACGU